AUGUCCUCACCAGCAACCCACGAGCAGCAACUCGCCCUCGCCCGCGAAGCCUGCCGCCCAAACCUCGUCAAGAACCUCAUGCUCCAGAACAGACUCGCCCACUCCUUCGGCCUCCGCGUCGCCUUCUCCACCGAGAUGCCCCUCGUCGCCAAGCGCGCGGGCUACUCGGCCGUGCUCAUGAACCUCGAGCACAUGGCCAUGAGCAUGGAGACCAUGAAAGAUAUCGCCGUCUCCUGUCUGAAUGUCGGCAUCACACCGACCGUAGUCGUACCAACGUGCGCCCCGGAAUGGAUCUCCCGCUGCCUCGACUCUGGGGCCCAAUCCAUCAUCGUACCGCACGUAAACACCGUCGAGCAAGCGGAAAUGUGCGUCAGCGCAUCAAAGUUUCCACCCUUGGGCCACCGCUCCGUCACCAUGGUCACAGCAAUGACCCAGUACACGACGACGCUAUCCUACGCGGCCAUCGCCGAGGUAGUCAACAACGAGGUCCUCAUCAUUCCCAUGAUCGAGACCAAAGAAGGUGUCGAAAACGUAGAAGCCAUCGCCGCCGUGCCGGGCAUCGAUGCCUUGUUCAUCGGCUGCGCAGAUCUCUGCAUGGAGCUCGGAAUCCCAGGACAAUACGACUCAGAACUCUUCCAUUCCACCGUCGCCAGAAUCGCUAACGCAGCAGAGAAGGCGAGCGUAGAUGGACGCAAGGUGUUCGUGGGACUCGGCGGGCUGGAACCGAGACCAGACCUCUUGGAGGCACUGGCGAAACGGCAUGCUCCUAUUCGGUUCGCAAUGGCAGGCCGUGAUCUAGCUCUUUUACUCGCAGGCAUGUCAAAACAAGCGGCGUCAAUGAACGAAAUUUCGAACCAACUCCAAUAG